CUCCGCCCGGCGAUCUCCUAUGAAUUGUAAAAAUGUCUGGGUCUGGAAGAAUGGAAGGUCUGUCAUGCUCUGCCAGCAUGACCCCAAAGUCUGUCAUGCACAUUACCCAAGAGCCCCGUUUUUUUGUCAUGCAGAAACGCAGUUUGUCAUGCAGAAUAGGCAACACCCCGAAGCUCAGAAACUUGUCAUGCUGAGCCAGCACUUGUGGCCGCCUUAUGAUACGCCAACCAGCAUCACAAGUCUCCAGACCCAGACACUUUUACAUUUGAUAUCUCCUUGACGGAAACGAAAUCCGUGGAGCAAAUGAUCAAGGCAAAGCUGCCGGUGAAUCACUAUUGUGAGGAAAAAUCCCCCCUCCCCAUAUCGAAAGCGGAAUUUGUGUUGCUGUAUUUGAGUACACAAAUCACAUCUGUCUUGCUAGAGAGGACUGCAGACCCAUAUCAAGCCUGAGCAGAGAUGCUUUGACUUAGGCGCUUAGCAUGAGAAGCGUCCGUGAUGUUGGCUCAACAGCAUGACAAACCGCCUCCAUAAUGGGACGGAAGCUGCUGCCCUUGUCUUCUUGCAACACAAACGUGAUUUGUGACCUCAAAUCAGCAACACAAAUUUUCGAAAACCUACCUCUUCAAUAUGGGGAGGGGGGAUUUUUCCUUGCGAUAAUCACCAGUGUGUUGACUUCGGUGUGUGCGCGAACGUGUUGCUUUCCCCGGAAAAGAACGUGCAGGUGGGGAUUCUGGAGACGAUUCACAAGUGCCUGAAACCGAAGGGGGUGUUGUUUCUCCUCGUGCCCGCGCUGGAGUCGCAUCUGUUCGGCCUGUGGGCGGUCCAGCACGGGCCCGGCAAGGAAUGCUCGCAACUGGUGAAGGGGAUUGACAAGUACAGAAUUUUCAUUUUGCGUGUUGGUGUUUUUUUCUGUACUAGAGUGUGAACGAAUACGAAAACAAUUUGUUUGCCGCGGGUUUUAGUGCAUGAUGACUACUACGUCGACCUAGAAGUUUCUCUCUUCUAGCGCAGUUUAUUGAAAUCAAACCACCACGAUCAGGUACAACGCCAAGAUGUCCCGCCAAGACCUCCUGAACGGCAUUGUGAAACGCGGCGACCAGGAGGUCCGGACGCAGCAUUACAUCAAGGAACAAAUUAUCGAAAUGGUCAACAGUGUCGGGUUUGACGUGUUGCACACCACAAAAGCCGAGUUUACCUGGGAUACGGAGAUCGAUUUCGACUGCAUUUCGAAUAACACCUCGCAGUAUCAAAUGUAAAAAUGUCUGGGUCUGGAAACUUGUGAUGCUGGGUGGCGUCUCAUGAACAUGAUGAGGCCACAAAUGCUGGCUCAGCAUGACAAGUUUCUGAGCUUCUAGGUGUUGCCUAUUCUGCAUGACAAACUGCGUUUCUGCAUCACAGAAAAAUGGAGCGCUUGGGUAACGUGCAUGACAGAUUUAAGAGUCAUGCCAGACAAGCAUGACAAACAUGUAUUCUUCCAAACCCAGACAUUUUUGCACUUGAUACGCAGGCUGCCGUGGAGAAAAAGUUCAAGAAACUGAACAGCGGGCCGUUUGACUGGAUUCUGGUGCUGCGGAAGGAGUAGAGUUAGUACGUGUGAUGAAAUUUUCAAACGCAAGUUUUUCUUUUUGAAGUGCAAUAUCUGGUGCUAUGGUAUGUGAAAAUGACAACGUGGCAUAGAUCUUGUACUGUAACUUUUUGAUCAUGAUCCGAUUACAUUUUUGGUUUUUUGCUUUUUGUUUUAUUUUCUUUUUCCCACGAUGCAAAAAUUUCACCGAUAGACAUUUGCAGGAGUACAUUAGAACCGUGCUGAAACAACAAGUUUCGUGUCUUUAUUGUUGCAAGUAGACGUGAUCUUCCACCGUGUAAAUAAAAGCACUGCACUGACCCCAAUACAUAGGACAAUUUUUCUCCAAUAACGCAGCC